AUGCCCCAUCCCGAGGACGCGGUCGGGACCGAUGUUUCAUCGACGCAUCCCCUACGCGCGCGAUGGAUCGUCGACGUCGCUCGGUGGCGUCCAACCGAACGCGAAUUCGAUUUCAUCCUGAAUGAACUCUUGCCCGAGCACGAGUCGCUCGCCGUGCGACGAUUCCACCGAGAGGACGACCGUAAGCGCGCGUGCGUGUCGAGACUCAUGCAACGCGCGAUCGCGUUGAGGGCGUGUGCACUCAGUAUUGGCGCGCGAGGAACGGCGAUGCGGGAUGUGGACAUUCGUAGGACCAAGGGCGCGAAACCGUUUCACGCGACCGUUUUGGAAGUCACAGGGGCGCCGAAUUUUAACUUUAACGUCUCGCACGAGGGGGAUUACGUGGUGUUAGCGAGUGAGACACACGCGGUGGUGGGGGUGGACGUGGCGGCGCCGGGGCAGGUGCGACGAAUCGGUGGGCUUGAGCGGGACGUGGGGCGGUUGUUGGAGACAUUUUCGAGCGUGCUCACCGAUCGCGAACGCGAGCGAAUCUCGGCGACGGCGUCGACGAAUGGUGAGCGGGCGGGUGAAGAAUUGUUUAGGAAGCACUGGAGUCUGAAGGAGUCACACGUGAAGGCGAUCGGGGUCGGAUUAGGGAUGGAUUUAAAGAGGUGCGAGUUUGACAUUGACGCUGCUACGUCGACGGCGAGUGUUGCGGUGGACGGCGUGACGAGAUCAGACUGGGCUUUUCACAUCGAAGGGUUUCCUCCCGUCGUCGACGGAGCGACAACGGAAGAGACGCACUGGAUCACCGUCUCCAGGGGGCCGUAUGAGGACAUCGUCGACGCGCACGGUGAGUUUACGACGGUGUUUUCACAGAGGUCUUUUAGCGAGGACGCUUGGCGCGACGUCUUAGCGGCUCCAGCACCGAAGUGGGAGCUGAUGACCGUGGGUGAUCUGAUUCCCGAUCAGUUCAGGGAUGCAUUUGAAUCGCAUGGUGGGGUGAUAUUCUAA